AUGUCAAAUAAUGAACUUGAAGGUCCAAUUCCAAAAGAACUAUUUCAAAUUGAUGAUCUUCAAAUUUUGGACAUUUCAGACAACAAUAUCUCUGGUAGUUUUCCAUCUUGUUUUAACCUUUCAGGAAUCAAGCAAGUUCACUUGUCAAGAAAUAGAUUGCAAGGACAACUAAAAGAUGCUUUCUACAAUAAUAGUUCUCAAUUGGUGGUCUUAGAUCUUAGCUAUAACCACUUCAAAGGGAAUAUUCCAAGUUGGAUUGGCAAACUCUCUUCUUUAGGUUACCUUAUCUUAGGUAACAAUCAUCUUGAAGGUGAAUUACCUACUGAAUUGUGCAAUCUGACAGAACUACGCUUGCUAGAUCUCUCUCAAAAUAGUCUCUAUGGUAAAAUUCCUUCUUGCUUGGAUUUCACUGCCCUUCAUGAAGAAAAUGGGAAUGAUACAACUAUAACUUCUGCUAUUUUGGAUAUAUAUAUUAGUUCUUAUUCAAGAAUUACUCCAUUCCAAAGUGAAGAAUCCAUACAAUUCACAACAAAAAGUAUAUCCUACUCCUACAAUGGAAGCAUCCUCACAUCUAUGUCUGGAAUUGAUCUUUCUUGCAAUAAAUUAUUCGGUGAAAUUCCUCCUCAAAUUGGAAACCUAACCGCGAUUCACACUCUUAAUCUUUCUCAUAAUAAUUUGACAGGAUCAAUCCCAAUAACAUUUUCAAAUCUCAAACAAAUUGAGAGCUUGGAUCUUUCUUACAACAAUUUGAAUGGAAAAAUUCCCUCUGAACUAGUAGAGAUAUACACAUUGUCUGUUUUCAGUGUGGCACACAAUAAUUUGUCAGGAAAAACACCUGAAAGGGUUAAUCAAUUUGCAACCUUUGAAGAAGGUAGCUAUAAAGGAAUCCCUUUUCUUUGUGGCUUGCCUUUGAACAAAAGUUGCAACCCAAUGGAAUCACCAUCAUUGACACCAGGAGCUUCAACUGACAACAAAGAAGAUUGUGAUUUUGUUGACAUGGACAUCUUCUAUAUCACUUUUGUGGUGACCUACAUAGUUGUGCUUUUAGUGAUUGCUGGAAUUUUGUAUGUGAAUCCUUAUUGGAGACGAACAUGGUUUUAUCUUGUGGAGAAGUGGAUGAUCUCCUGUUACUACUUUGUUAUUGACCAUCUCCCAUAA